UAUUUUGCAUCGGGUCGGACGUAAUGAACCAGGGGCCUGAUUGGCUGCCCGGGUCAGCUGCCGUGGGGGGGAUUCCACAUUUCAAAGGUAUCGAGAGCAAGUUCAAGGAGGAAGUGGGCGUGGGUGUUUUGGCUCUGGGGGUCCCCUGGGCUUUCUCUAGAUGAUGUUAUCAGCGCUGCCAGCUGCCAGCGUCCAUCCUGUGCAUGUCUGAGGACAGCAGGUCCUGGGUGGACACGGUGAUGCAAGGGUCCCCCGCUGGUGACACUCUUUUCCCCGAGGCCUGAAGGGCCUCAGGGUGGGGUUCCAAGCACACGACAAAAGUGGAGCACAGCUGCUCAGUCCCCCAGCUCAGAGGGCAGGCGACCCCGGGCAGCCUCUGCUCACCCCACCCUGCAGCGAGCUGGUGAGGGCGGCGCCGCGGCGGGAGAACAUGCAGCCCUGGGGGGCUCAGCUGAGGCGCCGAGCUGGCUUCCAAGCACAUCAGCAGGUUGCUCUUGUUCCGCAGCUUUUCCUUGCUGAUGCUUUACUAGCUGUGGAUGCGUGAGCGGACGCUGAGUCCCCAGCCUGCCCCACGCCCGAGGGGGAGCACAGGGUCUCCCCGGCCCGAGGCACCUGGGCGACCGCAGCGCUCGCUCCGCUCCUCUUCUGUCCCGUCCGCCCCAACCAGCUUUUCAUUUGGGAAAAUGGACCGAGUUGCUGUGUUCAGAUCCUGGCAUCUGGAGUCCUCCUUCCGGCUUCCUCGGGCCCGAGCUGGGGAGGGCUGUGCGUCAGGAAGGCCCAGCGAGCACCCACGGCCCCCAGCCCAUCAGGAGCGGCCGCAGAGACCCCUGCUUGCUCAGGGGCUGGGAGUCCCCAGGUCUCGUCUUCGGUCCCUGCCAACCUCGGGUGUGGCACCCGCCGGCCCGUGCACGUCCCCAGACCCAGGAGGGCUCCUCAGAGCCUCACUCCCGGGAAAUGCCCAGCACCAGGCCCGGCUCGCCCCGUGCCGCCCCUGCAGCGACGCCGAGGUCCUCCUGGCCGUUUGCACAAGUGACUUUGUCGUCCGGGGCUCCAUCGAGGACGUCACAGACGAGCCCGAGCAGCGGGAGGCGGCCAUCCACCUCCUCGUGAGCAGAGUUUUCCGGCAGAAGAGCAGGGUCUUCCGGCCAGACCCGGGGGGCGGUGGCCGCUGGCGCGGGCAUGUCAGGACUCUGCUGCAGUGUGGCGUGCGGCCCGGGCAGGGCGACUUCCUGUUCACCGGCCAGAUGCACUUUGGGGAGGCGCGGCUCGGCUGUGCCCCCCGCUUCAAGGACUUCCAGAGGACGUACAGGGACGCCGAGGAGAGGGGGCUGAACCCGUGCGCUGUGGCCACAGAGUGACCAGGCCAGCUCCCCGCGGAGCCCGGGGUGCGGCCAGCCCGGGGGGACGCCCCACACCAGCCUCCAGCAGCCCCAGCCCAGGACUCCUUGCCCAAUUGGAAAUGCUGUAAAAUGCAAACUAAGUUAUUAUAUUUUUUUAAAAGAAAUAUCCACGGGAAACAAACUCCCAUGUCCUAAAACUGCCUUGACGUGCCACUCAAUGCUGUUUUCCUCAGGCACCUUCGGGCGCUGAAUUUGUUCUGGUGCAUUCAGGGACAAGCUUGGGGCCACAGCACGGCUCCAUGAGAAGCUGGGGUGCCUGUGACAGAAAUUUAUGGAGCCAAGUAACUUUUUGCUUUUGGUUUUUGCUUUUUUGAAGAAUGUGCUUUGCCAGCAGUGGUCAUUUCCAAGCUGGCAAGUUCUUUCCAUUCCAGAAAUAAAGACCCUGGACGUG